AUGGCAGCUUAUGCAGCUCUGGUUUCUGUGAUGAACAUCAUUGAGCAGAUGAUGAGCCAUCCUUGCCUUUCAACUGUAUUCGACAAGAAACAGAUUAUAUCCCUUGGGGAAAAGGUUGAUGCCUUGCUCGACUUGAUAACCAACCCUACUAUUGAUGGAGGUAGCAAAGAAGCAUCAGAUCUGGAGAAACAAAUCGCAUCUGCAGCUCACGCAGCUGAAGAUGUGAUUGAAUCACACAUUGUCGAUCAAAUUCAUGCUGAGAAGAAGCAAGCACGGACCAACUUCAUGCUGCGGCGCUGGCAAGGGAGAAAUCGACCCAGUCAUAAAUGCUCGUUGUCGGAUCUGCAACAAAUAAUUGAAGAAAUGGAUGGUAUCAUGAGAAAGGGUGCUGAGCUCAAGGAGAAAUGGCUAGCGAGAGAGGAGCAAGCUACACAUGGUGACAUGGAUGUUGUGGAGGAGAAACAACCUCUCACCACCACCACCGGAAAGGCUUCUCCGGUGGGACUCGAAGACGACGUGAUCCACAUCAUGGACAAGCUCACCAUACAUCAACCCAAGCAGCAAAUCAUCUCGAUUGUUGGGAUGGGCGGCACGGGUAAGACCACGCUUGCUCUAAAUGUUUAUGAAAAUUCAUUCAUCAAGGAACACUUUCACAUUCGUGCUUGGGCAACUGUAUCUCAACAAUACAGUGCAAAAGAAAUCUUUUCAAAACUUCUCUCUAGCAUAGGGCAAAGUGGAAGUGAAAAUGAUUUAGGGCUAAAGUUGCAUCAGACUUUAUGUGGUAGAAGAUAUCUGAUUGUAUUAGAUGACAUAUGGAGUGUCGAAGCUUGGGAUGAGGUGAGGCGUUACUUUCCUGAUAAUGGGAAUGGAAGUCGGAUCGUUUUAACUACUAGGUUGUCGGAUGUGGCUAGUGAUUGUGGCUCUACUUCUUGCAUCACCAUGAAACCUUUAAAAAAGGAUCAAAGUUGGGUGUUGUUUUGCAGAAACGCUUUCCAGCAAGAACAUUGCCCUUAUCCUCAACUAGAAAGUGUGGGAAAUGAGAUUGUUAGAUUGUGCAGAGGACUACCCUUGUCAAUUGUUGUGAUUGGAGGGUUUCUUCUCAAAUCACCUAAGACAGUAGGAUUCUGGGAGGAUGUUGCCAAGAAUAUAAAAUCAAUCCCCACUUCAACAGAAAAGCAAGAGAUCUUAGAUGUGUUAUCUCUAAGCUAUAGUCACUUGCCCCCCCAUAUGAAACCAUGUUUUCUUUACAUGGGGAUUUUCCGGGAGGACCGUGAGAUUCGUGCAUCACGAAUCAUCAAACUUUGGGUUGCUGAAGGAUUUAUCAAACCGAAGAGAGCUCAAAUGUUAGAAGAGAUUGCAGAGGGGUACUUGAAUGACUUAGUUGACAGGAAUCUUGUUCUUGUUGGCAGACAUCGAUCUAAUGGGAAGAUUAGGUCUUGUCGACUUCACGAUCUGAUAAGAGAUCUGUGCUUGAAAGUAUCUGAGAAAGACAAGUUCUUCUAUGCCAAGAGGGCACUCGACAACAUGACUAAGGAGCGUCGCUUCAUAUGUCAUGACUUCAUCAAGAGUGAUGAUGUUCCUGAGAUGUCUGAUGCUCUGAAAUCAGCACAGCUUCUUCGUUCUCUAGUAUGCAGAGGGUUCAAGCUGCCGGUUGUGUUCAAGUUAUUGAGAGUUUUGACUGUGGUUAGCGACUGUUCCGCGGAAGAUGUAAUGCAGAACUUGAACCUGCGGUGCCUUACUUUCCGACCUUCGUACUCCUCCUUGGUUUGGCUUCCUUCUUCAAUAUCCUUCAUUUGGAACCUGCAAACAUUGACAAUUAAUGCGAAACUUGUCGUUGCACCAAUUGAAAUUUGGAGCUUGUCACAACUUAGGCAUGUGGACUGCACACAGAUUUAUCUUCCGCGUCCUCCUCCUCCUCCAAAUGACUGUGUUGUCAUGGGAAACUUACAGACACUGAUAAAAACAGUAAAUUUGAGGUUGAGUGAGGAGGUGUGUAAGAGAAUUCCCAACACCAACAAAUUGCAUCUAAUCUACAAUGAUAAGUUGGAGGGCUAUGAAGAAUGCUUGUUCGACCAUCUCCACAAUCUUGGCAGCCUACAUAAACUUCAAUCACUAAAGCUAGUAGUUUCCACCUUUCCUAACUCAUGCAAUGCAGAUCAGCUCAAGUGUGCAUUUCCGGUAUCUCUGAAGAAGCUGUCACUGAAAAACUGCAGUCUUGUCUGGAAUGAUCUGACAAUCAUCGGUUCUUUGCCCCAUUUAUAA